UUCCCCUCGGUAACGAUGCUGGGCCGUGAAAGCCAACGGUGGAGAGGAACGACACUUGGCACGGCAAGAGCAGGCUCGCCGCGUCGCGACAGCCACGUGACGCACGAGCACCGGCCCGCAUUCUUGAACCUUCCCCUCCCCAACCCUUUCGCCCUCCUAUAUUUCGAUGCUCCCCCAUCUUGCCCCUCGGUCCGUCUUCUCUCUCGACUUUUCUCCCCUUCGUCGUCGUCAUCGUCGUCGUCGUCGUCUGAUCACGCGAAGAUGUCGGCUUACUGCGGAAAGUACCACGAUGAACUCAUCAAGAAUGCUGCCUACAUUGGCACGCCGGGAAAGGGAAUUCUUGCAGCUGAUGAAUCUACUGGUACAAUUGGCAAGCGUCUGGCCAGCAUCAAUGUUGAAAAUGUCGAAGCCAACCGUCGAGCACUACGUGAGCUUCUCUUCUGCACCCCUGGUGCCCUCCAGUGCCUCAGCGGUGUGAUUCUCUUUGAAGAGACCUUGUACCAGAAGACUGCUGACGGAAAGCCAUUUGUCGAGGUCCUGAAGGAAGGAGGUGUCCUCCCUGGCAUCAAGGUGGACAAGGGCACCGUGGAACUUGCUGGCACCAAUGGUGAGACCACCACUCAAGGGCACGAUGACCUCGGCAAGCGCUGUGCCAAAUACUACGAGGCAGGUGCUCGAUUUGCCAAGUGGCGAGCUGUCCUCAAGAUUGCCCCUAACGAGCCAUCCCAGCUUGCGAUCAAUGAGAACGCAAAUGGUCUCGCUCGAUAUGCCAUCAUAUGCCAGGAGAAUGGCCUGGUUCCUAUUGUGGAGCCAGAGAUCCUCGUCGACGGCCCUCAUGAUAUCAAUCGUUGCGCCCAAGUGACAGAGAGGGUGCUCGCUGCCUGCUACAAGGCACUAAAUGAUCACCAUGUGCUUCUGGAAGGGUCGCUGUUGAAGCCCAACAUGGUGACUCCAGGGUCAGACUCACCCAAGGUGGCACCGGAGGUCGUUGCAGAGUACACCGUGCGAGCCCUGCUGAGGACCGUCCCCGCGGCCGUGCCGGCCAUUGUGUUUCUCUCUGGUGGACAGAGCGAAGAGGAGGCGACUCUGAACCUGAAUGCCAUGAACCAGCUGAAGGGGAAGAAACCCUGGUCGCUCUCUUUCUCGUUCGGCCGCGCUCUGCAGCAGAGCACGCUGAAGACAUGGGCUGGGAAAGAGGAGAACGUGGAGAAGGCAAGGGCUGCCUUCCUCUCGAGGUGCAAGGCCAACUCGGAGGCGACUCUGGGUGCGUACAAGGGAGAUGCUACCAAGGGAGAAGGCGUUUCCGAGAGCCUCCAUGUGAAGGACUACAAAUACUGACCUCCGUUAAUCUAAAGUAGUUCCUGCAGAUUGCUAAAUUGACGAUGGAAACUAGAAGCUAGUGCGAGUCAUAUUUCAUCGUCUCUGUUAAAUGCUCUCGACACAAGGACUACUCGCACUCCGCAAGCCCUGCUGCGCCCCGUACCGGGAGCAUGCACCUGGGUCAGCGGCUGCUGCAGCGAGCAUUGCCAUAAAGGGGGCUGGGGGACGUUGCGCGUGUUCACCCUGGCCUCAUAUGAACAAGCACUGCCUCGUGUCCUCGCUCGGCCUACCACUUCUCGUGCUGGCGUCCGACCGAGAAGGGAAAUCGCACGCCCAAGCCUGCCCUUGUUGCUUCCAUCCUUCGGCCGCCUGCCGUGUCGAUGCAUCAUCGUCAUCGUUUCAAAGUUGAAACGAUCGUUCUGAGUAAGCAUAUUUUGUCGGUCAAUUCCUCAAUUUUCCACUAAUUUAAGAUUUCCUAUCCCAUCA